UGUUCCGUGGGUCAUUGGCCGUUUGACGUCGGAGACUCACUGGCAGUGUAGUCAGUUUAUAAUUAACAUCCCUCCCAGGGGUUUUUUUUUUAACUGGCCCUGUGAUGAGUGAGUGCGUGAAGUCUCGGCCAGGGUUGAAGUAUUGUCCCAUCGUCUAAGUUCUAAAUUAAUCUUCUAAAGCCUCUGUAUCGAAGAAACUGGACGCUCAUUCCUGAAUCCUCAUCCUUUUUUCUCUUACUCUAUCGGAACAAGAAAAACAAGAAAGGACCCCUGAUGAUCCUGAUUCCUGAUUUCCUGUUCUUAUCGAGCAUGCACGUGUUUCGGGGUUGUUGUCCGGCAGAUUAAAGAUUUCACUCCAACACUGGAAGUGCUUGGAUUAUGUUGUGUGAUAAUGCACCCCAGUGACUUUGAUUCUUGGGUUCUACUUGCUAGAACAGCUGGAUCGGGAACAUAGGUACAAUUUCGGUUUCGCACUACCCUUUUGGGAACUCCGAAAAGUGAAACGUGUGAACUGUUAUUUGGCAAAUCGAUAUAGCUGAUCAAUUAUCUUUGAAACUGGUGAAUUGUCGAGUCUCGGUGGAUGAAUAGGAACCAGAACCUGGAGAUGACAGCUCAUCAAUGUUACGAUAGUAAUACUACAAGUGGUAGCGGGUCAUAACAGGAAAGUAAGAGGUCAACGAGAUUCCUCUAAUCACCCGGGGCUAUGUCUCGAGACGAGGUGUUCUCCACGAUGGGCGUGGAAAUCGUCCAAGUGGGAGCAACUCAACUGAGCCACAGCUUUGCCUACAUGGAUGAUGUCUCAAAGUCCAAGAUUUCCAUUUCCCGAGGAUCUCGCCGGCUCAAGUCGAGUCUUUCCCAGGAGGAAAGACCGACCGAGGACUCGGAUCCAACCAGCAACACCAGCUCCGUCGGUUCGGAUGACUACCACGGAGCUUCCUCAAUUCCCUGCUCCCUGGAGGGCUCUUCUGUUCAAACUCCUGAAAGGAAACGAGAACGAGCCAGUCCAGGAAGUCAUCGCCAGAGGCUCAAGAACAGCUGCACCAUCAGUGGAGACAACGGAAGUAUUGGCUAUGGAUCCUCGGCUCCUUUAGAAUCUGAAAAUUCCUAUUCGUCCCAUCCUGGGUAUCCUCUGACGCUACCUGGAGCUGGAGAUAAUGGGACUGGGAGGAAAGUGAUCUCAUCCGAGAGUAAUUCACCCAAGGAGGAGGAUACGAGGACUGCUUCAACUACCUUGCCUCCAACUCAAGGAUUCCUUUCACCGUCUUCUUCCUCUUCUAUGCCGCCCUCGACGACUUAUGAUGUGAGUUCAUCUACGAGGACGACUGGAACUAAUUCUAGAACCACCACCACCACUGCGAAGAGUCAGAGUUCGCUUUCCAGGUCUCGAAACGUUGUUCCUCCAACAACGGCGCCUUCAACCUCCUCCUGGAAUAGUUCUUCUGUUGAACAAGAAACGGACUAUGUGGUCGAUACAGAAAAGGGAAAUGCAUACUACAAAGGACAGUUUCUGGGAAAGGGUGGCUUUGCAAAAGUUUAUUUAAUCACCGACAUCUCUACAAGAAAGCAAUAUGCGUGCAAAAUCAUCCCCAAGAAUCGAAUGCAAAAAAUUCACAUGCAAAAGAUUGCAAGAGAGGUCAUGAUACACAAGGAGCUGAAUCAUGUCAAUGUCGUUCAGAUGCAUCACUAUUUCGAGGACAAUCUAAAUGUCUACAUGCUCCUAGAAGCUUGUCCAAGAAAGAGUUUGAUGCACGUGCUGAGAUACCGAGGCAAGGUGACCGAACCGGAAGCAAGGUACUACAUGAAACAAAUGGUAACUGGUGUUGCCUACAUUCACUCGCAGAAAGUCGUUCAUCGGGAUUUGAAACCAGGCAAUAUGUUCCUUUCUGAAAAGAUGAUCGUCAAGAUCGGGGAUUUUGGACUUGCCACUCGUCCUGAUGGCCAGCGUAGAAAAGUAACUAUUUGCGGGACGCCGAACUACAUCGCGCCGGAAGUUCUCUACAAACAAGCCUACAGCUACGAGGCGGAUGUUUGGGCUUUGGGUUGUAUUCUCUAUGCACUCUUGGUGGGACAACCUCCUUUCGACACCGCCACUCUCAAAGAGACCUACGCGAGAAUAUGCAACAAUCGGUAUCGCGAGGUAGAUGAUGAAACGGCCAGUCGAAACGGCCAGGAUCUGAUUCGCUGGCUUCUGCAGCCGACCCCCGAAUUAAGACCCUCCCUUGAGCGAGUCAAAGAGCAUCCCUACCUCACCAAGGAGUACGUUCCAGCAUCUCUUCCAGACACUUGCUGCUAUCGAACGCCUCAACUUUCAGUCAUUGAUAACACCAAUUCCUGUCUCUCGCCCUCCACUUCCCUCAAUUCAAAUCAUCUAGUUCAAGAAGAUAUCUCACAAAACACUCAGUUGGGAAGCCACUCGCCGCCGAGAACCGAGGUUCGGAAGCAGUCGCGAAAGGCCCAGAAGGUGUCGAACUGGCUGGCGAGGAAGUUGCCAAAAUUGCCCAAGUUGCCUUGGUUCAGGCAAAGACUCAGCAGUGUUCUUUGUCCGGAAGCUAGGAAAAAGCAGACCCUGGCGGAAGUCGGACAGAAUCCUGUCGUUCCACAGAGUGUACAGAUGAAUCGGGCACUUGAAGAUUGUCUCCGUGAAAUCAAGUGUAAACAGUCGGUUCGGAAUCCCCCGAAGGUGGAGGAUGUCUCGCCCUUGUUUGUCAUCAAGUGGAUCGAUUACUCGAAUAAGUAUGGGCUAGGCUUCCAGUUGUCUGAUAAAUCAGUUGGAGUCCUGUUCAAUGAUAGUACGAAGAUGAGCUACACUCAUGAUAGAAGAAGAGUAGAAUAUAUGAGGACGGAUGAUGAAGUGACAAGGUAUCACCGGGAGAAAGAUGUUCCGACGACUUUAGAAACGAAACUCGACAUCCUGAGAUAUUUCACGGGAUACAUGGAGGAUCACCUGACAGAGGGUGGCGAAAUUCGCUAUCAGCGAAACAGCCGACAAUCUCGAUCAGCCUGUGUUCCUCGAAUGCGCCGGUGGCUUCGUACGAAUAAAGCGAUUGUAAUGGAACUGACGGGGCCGCUUCUCCAGGUGAACUUCUUCGUCGACCACACGAAGAUGGUAGUUUCGCAGGAACCGUCCUGGAAAGAAUAUCUCAUCACGUACAUCGACGCCAGUAGGCACGCAUUCUCCUAUUGGCUCAGCGAUCUCAAGAACUUUGGCUGUACUCCAGAACUCCACGAGUGUCUUCACUAUCUUUGCAAAGUUUCCCGCGAAUUUGCCGACCUCGAUAACAACGCGGUUGCCUGAUCUCCGCCCACUAAAACCUUCUCCAAGUUCUCAAACCAUCCAGAAUAGCAACUUGGAAUCAUUUCGAUACGAGCGUGUUGAAAAAAACGGGUUCAGUUAUUAAUAAUCCCUGGUUUAUUAUAUUAUUUUCAAUUAACUUGAAUUAAUUUGAAUUUGCAUUGAAUUCUUUUUUAUUCUUUUAACUUUUUUGAAAUCUUUUGAUUUCCCUGAAUUGUCGGAAUUCUUUGAAUUCUUCUCAAUUUGUGGAAUUGGUCCUAAUUUCUUUAAAUUCUUUGCAUUAUUUUGAAGUAAUUGGAUUUCCCUGAAUUAUCGGAAUUCGUAUAAUUUCUUGAAUUCCAAGGACUUUAAAAUAUUGCAAAGAAUCCGGAAAAUUCACAGUUUCCGGAAAGUCAAGGGUUUUCAGAGAGUUGAGGGAAUUUAGAGAGUUCAACGAAUUCAAUGAAUUCAAUGAAUUUUUAGGAAUUCUGAUAAAUCAAGGGUUUCAGAGAAUUAGGAGAAUUUCAUGGAUUUUAAAGAAAUUGGGAAUUCAGAAAGUUAAAGGUAUUCAUUCAGAGUAUUCAAUCAAUUCAGAAUAUUUAAGGAAUAUAGUUGAAAAUUAAACUAUAUAGUUGAAAAUUGAACUAUUUAUUUGAAAAUUUAAAUAUUUGGU